UGGCAUUUGCUGCAGGAAAGGAGAUGGAGGGAAUAGAGCACAGGACAGUGGAAGUGAAUGGCAUCAAAAUGCAUAUCGCAGAGAAAGGACAAGGCCCUGUGGUGCUGUUCCUCCAUGGUUUCCCUGAACUCUGGUACUCAUGGCGACACCAGAUUGUGGCUCUCAGCUCCCUCGGAUACCGCACCGUUGCCCCAGAUCUGCGUGGCUUUGGUGACACCGAGGCCCCUACUUCAAUCAGCAGCUACACCUGCUUCCACAUAGUGGGUGACCUUGUUGCACUUCUUGAUUUGUUGAGUGUUGAACAAGUCUUCCUUGUUGGUCAUGAUUGGGGAGCCCUUAUGGGUUGGUACCUCUGCAUGUUUCGUCCUGACAGAGUCAAAGCCUAUGUUUGCCUCAGUGUCCCCUUCCUCCCCAGAAACCCCAACAUCAGCACCGUAGAUUUCGCGCGUGCCUUGUAUGGAGAUGACUUCUACAUCUGCAGAUUUCAGGAGCCGGGAAAAAUGGAAGCUGAGAUGGCUGAAGUUGGGACUGAAUAUGUGCUGAAAAACAUCCUUACAACUCGCAAAACUGGUCCUCCAAUGUUGCCCAAGGGAGAAUAUGGAAUUGGAUUCAAUCCGGAUACCCCUGCGACAUUGCCCUCUUGGCUCACACAAGAUGAUCUUGCUUAUUUUGUCUCCAAAUUUGAGAAAACGGGCUUCACUGGAGGGUUGAACUACUAUAGAAAUUUCAACUUAAAUUGGGAGCUGACAGCACCGUGGACUGGAGUGCAAAUCAAGGUUCCUGUGAAAUUCAUUACAGGUGAAUUAGACAUGGUUUAUACCUCGCGAGACACGGAGCAGCAUAUCCACGGUGGAGGUUUCAAGGAAGCUGUGCCAAAUUUGGAGGAAGUGAUUGUGCAAAAAGGAGUGGCUCACUUCAAUAAUCAAGAAGCGGCAGAGGAUAUCACUAAUCACAUUUACGACUUCAUUAGGAAGUUAUGAUCUCAUUUACAAAUGAAAUCAAUCUUGCUGCUAUGCCAAUCCCCUAAUUUUAAGUUGUAAUGUUUAUUAAUAUAACCCGGAAUGGAUACUCUCAUUUCUAGUUCCUAAUAAACUUGGACAUGAGACAAUCUGACAAGUCAUUUACGAAAUCUUAAUAGCGAGUCGUUUGUGU